AUGGCCACCGAUAAACAACACCAGAAAAGAGAUGGGGAGGAAGAGGAAGAAGAGGAAGACCUCCUUGCUGCUCUUGAAGCAGAAGAAGACGACCCCAAAUACCGCGCCAACCGUAUAAAACAGCUUCAAUCAGAGUUAUCCGACACCAAGUCCGCUGCCCAAAACUCCAAUAAUACCUCCAAUACCACGUUCGACGCCGGUACGUCGGAGGUGACUUCGCUAUCUACGGGGACAGACGCCGUUGUGACGACCCUACUCAACAAUUCCCUUUACCCAACUCUCCCAAACGACCAGUCGCUCCUAGACUUCUCCACGCAAAUAUACCGAUGCGUUAUCCAUUUCUUCCACUCCGGUUUUGCGCGCUGCAGCAUAAUGGAUAAACACAUUACAACUCUUGCUGAGGCUCAUAAUAAGCGGGGGAAGGACGAUGCGCGAUUCGCUCGUGUCGAUGUGCGGAAUGUGCCUUUUAUUGUUGAGAAAUUGAAGAUUCGGGUAUUGCCCUGCGUUCUUGGGUUUAUUGAUGGGGCCGUUGUGGAGAGGAUUACAGGUUUUGAAGGACUGGUUGAUAUGAAUGCUUUGAUGGGCAAGAAAGGUGCUGCGGACAGCAGUGGUGACGAGUUUAAAACAAGCAUGUUGGAGUUUAGGCUUGUUCAGAGUGGGCUAUUGAAAAAUGCGGUAUUGUAUGGGGAUAACGUCGACGAUGACGACGAUGAUAGGGAUGAGGAUGAGGUUAAUGAGAGAACGGGGAAACGGAAAACCAUACGGACAGGGAAAACGAUGAAAAGAAGAGACGAUGGCGAGGAGGAUGACUUAGACUGGGAUUGA